UUUCUGUGUUGUCGUUGUCUGUUUUCUGUUGUGUUGUGAUUGUAUUUUAGUUGGCUGUAUCUUGAUAUAUAAAAUGUAACUUAUGUAGAAGAAAUUGUUAGUUCCACGUGAGCUUGGAAUUUAAAGCGUUGUAUUUGAACUUAUUUAACAAAAGAACACCAUGAUAUCUUAUCCAUAUUACAACUACAAAAGCAUGCUAUCCGACGAGCCAAUGAUGGGCCACAAUGAAGAAGUCAACAAUGAUACUCUUCAGAACUUAAAAUUUGCAUGUGGUUGGACUGACUGGACCUACACAAUGAGGAGAAGCAUGCAAGAAGUUGUACCGGGACUGUUUCUAGGACCUUAUUCUGCUGCUCAGAAAACUAAACUGAACGAUUUAAAAGAAAAUGGAAUCACACACAUUAUUUGUGUACGACAAGACAUUGAAGCACACUUCAUCAAGCCUAAUUUCCCUGGUCAUUUUCAAUAUUUGACUCUAAAUAUAGCGGACUGUGUAACAGAGAAUAUAAUUCGCUACUUCAAGACAGUCAAAAGUUUUAUUGACCAAAGUUUAGCCAGUGGUGGAAAGGUAUUGAUUCAUGGAAAUGGAGGAAUUUCCAGAAGUGCAGCCUUGGCCAUAGCCUACAUCAUGCAAAAAUACAGCCUAAAUAUCAAGGAUGCUUUCACGCUUGUUCAGCAGAACAGGUUCUGUAUAAAUCCCAACGAAGGCUUCAUGGCACAGUUGGCUGAGUUUGAGCCGAUCUACCGAGCUCAGCAACAAACAGUGGAACUCGGACAGCGUUCUGGAGGCUCGAGUUGCAACAAGAGAUCACUAGAUAGGUGACCGUGACCACCAACAAGAGUUUCUUUUAAACUGACUGAGUGACAAGUGACCGAAAGACAUGUAUAUAUUUUAAUACCAGAUUAAACUUUGUGAGGAGGCCCCUUUAAGUUCUGACCUUGUGAUAUUGGACAAAAAGCUUUCUUUUCAUACUCUUGUAGAUCUGUAAUUUAUUUUCAUCACUCAUCUCUUUUAGUUAUGUAUGUAGGAAUGUUAUGAAAAAUGUAUGUAAUAAAUACUAAGGCAAAGUAAUUUUUAGAAAGCAUUUUGCAAGUAUGAAAGAUUUUUUAUUUAUAGUUUUCAUUUUUUAUUUUGUUUUACAUUUAUGUGUAUUGUUUUCAUCUAAAACAUAUUCAAAGUUAUCACUUACGGUAAAUUAGGUGUUAAGUUACGUACUGGAGAUUCAAAAACCUAUGAAUUCAAACUAGCCUAUAAUUUAAAUUUUAGUAAUGAAUAAUUUUUUUUUUUAUAAUUUGAUCAGAAAAACAAAUUUUAAGAAUAACGAGUUUUGCUUGUUAAGUGGUAGCAAUGGUGUUUGAUGUUAACUUGUUAAGGAGGAAAUUCAACAAAAUUUAAAUCCUAUCCUCAGUAGUAGGGUACUUUAAACAGUUGUGUAAAAAAGUUCCAUGAACUAUAUAAAAGUAUUAAUAUUAGCUAUUUAAAAUUGGCCUCAGCCAAGUUUGUAAAACUUAAAACAAUUUUAAAGUGUCAUUGUUAUUUUUGGUUUAAGAUAUUUUGAUUCUAUCAUGUAAUAUUCUGUAUAUUAUAUGUAAAAAAACCUCUGUGAUUUGUACAAAGUAUAUAAAAUGUUAUCUGGUACUUUCUACAUUAAGUGUGCAUAAAAAAUAAACAA